AUGAUGAGAAUUCCUCCACAGGUCAUGGUAUAUGCUCCCGAACCUGCAAGCGUGAAUGAUAGACCCGAUAUGAUCGACCAAGGUUGCGGAAGUGCAUCCCCAGAAACACGGGAUCCGACUUCCAUAUGGGCCGAGAGGCUUUCCAGAGUUGCAAAAUACAUUAAGGACAAAUAUUCAACAACUGUGUUAGCUUGGCAUGAUAUGUUUGGGCAUGCGAUGGAAUUCGAUCUCACCGCGUACCACAUGACUGAAGUGUUAGAACCUGUAAUCUGGAGCUACGCAGAGGAUUUGGACUUAUAUUUGCCAAAAACUACGUGGCUGACCGUUCCGUCGCGUAUGGGGUAUCUCAGCGUGGGGAAAGGAUGCGCAUGGACAGGACAAGAUGAAAGGGAUUCGAAUCCUGUACAUUACAUAAGAAAUCAUGAGGCAUGGGUUGAGCAGCUGUCAAGAAAUUACAACGAGUUUGACAUGUUACAGGGCCUUAUUCUUGCCGGCUGGUCCCGAUAUGAUCAUUUUGCCAUCCUUUGUGAAUUAGCUCCUGAUAGCGGUUUUCCAUCACUAGCGGAUAGAACACGCGAUGUCGAUGGAAACUGUGCUGGAAAUUAUCCGGUUUCUCGUGAGAUUUUGCAGUGUACACCAUCAACCACAAUGGGAAUCACAUAUGGAUGUCAGUUUCCGGGUAGUAAGAUCUACGAGUUGAUCAAUGAAUUCUGGCAGCGAAGGAAGCAGCUACAACAGUAUAGAGAAGACGAUUUUGAAAUGAACGGGUGGCUUUCUCGUGUGGCUGAUACAUAUAUGAGUAGCAGUCAAUGGUAUAUAGAUAAGAUUGAACCGCUGCUUGAAUAUCAUGCUAAGCCCAUCCUGCGAUUAGAGAAAGAUCUACGGAAUGAGCUUUCACGCAUAUACUUUCAGGAAACCGUCGAUGAAUUCAUUUUUACGUAUAUGGCAGAGGACAUCGAGUGGGUUCAACGCAAAAUCGACUCGGCUCAAAGAAUCUCAAAACUAAAUCACUUUCCGAAGCGGCCAUUCGUAAUUUUAAAGUCACCUGAGGAGCUAUGA